AUGGAAUCAAAUAAAAAAGAUAUAUGUAUAACAGCAGAAUAUAUUAUAGAAGAAUGCAACAAAUUAGAACAGCGGUUAAGGAAUACAGAUGAAUAUAUUUCACCAUUACGAUGGAGAAAAGAAGGAUCAAAAUUUGGGUUAACUGGUAUAGAUUUACCACUAUCAUUUGGUGGAAGUGAUUUCAAAGUUUUGGAUGUUAUAAAAAUCUAUGAACAUAUGGGUAAAUUCAAUUUAAAUUUUAGAGAUGUUAUAGGUGGUGCCCAUGUUCGUUCAUUAUUAGCAACAAAAGAGAGUGAUCAAUCUGAACAUUCAAAAAAAGUAGUAGAAAUGGUGGUUCAGGGUGAGGCAUAUGUGGGCAUUGUUAUUACUGAACCUACCAGUGGUUCAGACUUUCAAGCAAUGAAAAGUAAAUCGGUAAAGAAUGAAAAUGGUGAUUUUAUUUUAAAUGGUGAAAAAAGGUUUAAUGCAAGAUUAAAACAAGCAACUCAUAUAAUACUGUAUGUGUUAAAUGAAGAUGGACCAUCAAUAAAUGUUUUUUUAGUUCCAAUUAAUCAUAAAGGUUUAGAAAUAAAAUCGUUCAAUGCUCAAGGCUUACUAGGUAACUCAUUUGGAGGGGUUUCUUUUAAAGAUAUGCAUGUUCCCAAAGAGUACUUAAUUGGUAACCAAGGUGAUGGUGUAGCAAUUUUCCAUAAGCACUUUUUGUAUUGGCGUUUGAUGCAAUCUGCAGCCGCUAUUGGUACUGGUAAAUGUGCAUUAGAUCAAGCUGCUUCGAGAAUGCUUUCAAGGGAUGCAUUUGGUGGUCCAAUUGGUAGAUUUACUCACCUACAACAAGAUUUAGCACAGCAUACAGCAAAGCUUUAUAUGGGUUCUCUUUUGGUAGAAAAGAUUGCUACAAUGUUUGAUGAGGGUGCAAGCUUUAAAGAAAUUAGUAAAUAUGUCCCAAUGGCAAAAGCAGAGUGUAUCGAGUUUGCAUUAUCAGCAUGCGAUUGGUCAAUGGAGAUUCAUGGGGCUGAUGGCUAUAGUACAAGCUUUACAGAUUUGGGUCAACGAGUUAACGAUUUACAGGGUUUAAGGAUAGCAGAUGGAACCACAAGUGUUAUGCGGUCACAAGUUGUUCGUACUUUUUAUGAUGAUAGAUUUUGGAAAUGGGCAGUUGACAAAUCAAAUAAGAAACAAGAGGGUCAUCCUGAUAUUGCACUACGUAGCAUACCAAAUAAAAAUAAUAAUUUAGCUUUUAUCGAUAACUAUCUAGCACUUGUGGAUGAUAAGGCUGGUGGUCCAUGUGUACCUGUUUUAUUGGUAAAUACAAUUCAAGUUAUUUUAAAUAUGUUUAAAAGACCAUUAAUCAAUAUAGAUAAAGCUCUUGAAGAAACAUUUCAAAAUAUUACAGAGCUCUCAAAAGGACGUUUAUCGAAUUUAGAGGUUAUUCAAUUAUUUCAUUUUUUAGUAUAUAAAUAUUUAGAGGAUAUUCAAUUUGAUUCAAGAGUCGAUUAUAACGAGUUUUUAUUAAACCUUUGCAUGGAUACAUUCAAGAGGGAAGAUAAAAAACCAGACACCAUUGAAGACGGAUCAUGUCCAUAUAUUUCAAAAAAAUGGAACGAUUUGGACUCUGGCUUAUUAUUAACUCCACAACCUUAUCAAAUUAAAAUUAUUUCUUUUAAUGUUUGGGACAAAAGUGAUGAACUACUUGGCCGCCAUUUUAUUUUAUUAAUCGACAGAAAAGACGACACUAUCACAUCGCUGGAUUCAAAUAGACAAGCAAUUGACUCUGUUUUUAAAUUAAGCAGGAUCGAUUUAGAAAAUGAUGACAAUAAUGGUUCAUCAAUUGAUAUGAAGGGUCCAAAUCCAAAUGGAGACCGAAUGAUAAUUAACUCCGUUUUUACUUUUAGUUUUAAAACUAAUUCCAAAUGUAAAUAA